AUGAUGUCCAUCCCCCGCGCCCUCCGCCCGGCCUCGCGGCGCAUCCUGAGCGCCCGCCCCGUCGUCGCCUCAGCGGUGCCGGCACGGUGGCAGCACAGCAACAGCGGCCCCUUCGACCCAGUCCCGGGCCACGAGAUGGGCGUGGGCGAGCUCGAGGGCGCCAAGUUCAGGAUCGAGCCGCUGCGGCGCACGGGCGAGGACGCAGAGACGAUGCGUGCCAGGUUAACCUACCAGUCCCGCAAGCGCGGCACCCUCGAGUCGGACCUCCUCCUCAGCACCUUCGCGGCCGCCUACCUGCCGCGCAUGACCCCCGAGCAGAUGGCGCAGUACGACCGGUUCCUGGACGAGAACGACUGGGACAUCUACUACUGGGCGACGCAGCCCGAGGACGGUAACAAUCCCAGCAGCAACACCCCGGCCGCGGGCCUGCAAAACUCGGAGCCGUACCUGAGCGACCAGGGCGCGGGCGGCGGCAAGAGGGAGAAGCUGGAGCCGGCCAGCCCGGCCAAGGGCGAGUGGGCGCAGACCAUCGGCACCUUCAGGCCCGCCUUCAGGCCCGUGCCCGCGCGGUGGCGCGGCAGCGAGGUCCUCGACCUGCUGCGGCGGCACGUCAAGGAGAGGAGCGCGGCCGGCGUGCUGGGGAACAACGACAGGGAGAAGGCGGAGGGGAUGGCGUUCAUGCCUCCCCUGGGGGAGAGGAAAUGA